CUCCCAACCUCCUUCGCUGCUAAAUGGCCGAGCGUCCGCCGAGCCAACCCAGAAAUCCAAGUUGGUGACAAGAGCGUCACACUAAUUUAGCUCCGGAGACUUGCUUGCUUACACACAAGUUCUUUGUUCAUUGAUUUCUCGCCUCUCUUUCUGCCUGCAGCGUUACAUUGUUCGUGGAUGAGGGGUACCAACCAACCCAGGAUGUCGCUGGUAUAAAGUUGAGGGCAUCGGCGAUCACUUGACUCUGUUCUUUGUCUGUCUUUUGCAGUCUAUCAUCUUUCUGUGAACAAGACUCUGCAAAGAUGCGCUCCUCUAUCCUCGUUGCGGCCGGUUUGGCUGCCCUCGCCUCGGCUGCUCCUGCUCCCAGGAAUCCAUCGCUAGACUUUGAGACGUCGGAAGCUGGAAACCCCUUUGUCGAGGGCUACUAUGCAGACCCAGACAAUGAAUUCUACAACGGAGAGUACUGGGUCUACCCCACGUCCUCAUACGAGUACGAUGCUCAGACCUAUCUUGAUGCCUUUUCAUCGCCCGAUCUGGUCCACUGGAAAAAGCACCCCAACAUCCUCAAGGCUUCCGACUUCAAGUGGGCUCGCCGUGCUGUCUGGGCCCCUGCGCCGAUUCACCGCAACGGCAAAUACUAUCUCUACUUUGGCGCAAACGAUAUCCAACCUGGCGAUGGUCAAGUCGGUGGCAUUGGUGUUGGCGUUGCGGACAAGCCUGAAGGUCCCUAUCUCGAUGCCAUUGGCGCGCCGCUCAUUGACGACUACCACAAUGGCGCUCAGCCCAUUGAUCAAGACGUCUUCAUUGACGACGAUGGCCAGGCAUACAUCUACUAUGGUGGCCACUCGCACGCCAACGUCGCCAAGCUCAACGACGACAUGAUCAGCAUCGGCACCUUUGACGACGGCACGCAGUACAAGGAGAUCACACCUGCCAACUACACCGAGGGCUCACAGAUGAUGAAGCGCAACGGCGUCUACUACCUCUUCUGGAGCGAAGGCGGCUGGGGCGGCCCCGACUAUGCUGUCUCGUACGCCAUGUCCAACUCGCCUACCGGCCCCUUCAACCGUCUCGGCAAGAUCCUCGAACAAGACGCCGAAGUAGCCACUGGCUCUGGCCACAACGGCGUCAUCCACGUCCCCGGCACCGACAUCUACUACAUCAUCUACCACCGACACCCGCUCCACUCCAAGGGCGACAACGACCGCCACCUCGCGUACGACCGCAUGCACUUCAACGCCGACGGCACCAUCCAGCCCGUCAAGAUGCUGGUCCAUGACAACUUUGAAGACGGCAACAUGGUCGGCUGGCAGCAGUACGACGGCCACUGGGAUCCUACUUCUGGCGCUCUGCAGGUUAUCUUUGCAUUUGGCGGCAAGGCUAUGCUCGACACCAACUUUACCGACUUUACGUAUGACGGCGACAUCAAGAUUGACUAUGUCAACGGAGGUGACGCAGGCCUCAUCUUCCGCGCUUCGGACCCGACCAUUGGCACUGACGCCUAUAAGGGCUACUAUGCGGGCUUGAGCUCUAUUGGCAACGUUGUGCUUGGCCGCGUCAACAAUGGCUGGACAGAGCUGGCGCACACGAAUCUGGAUGUGGCGAUUCGCUCGUUCCACCACAUGCGCGUGGUGGCCAAGGGUGACGAUAUCAAGGUUUAUGUUGAUGAUAUGAAUACGCCCAAGAUCCAUGUCAACGACGGCAUGUGGAAGAGCGGCCAGAACGGUGUGCGCAAUUUCCAAACCGAUGCCACCUUUGACAAUAUCAAGGUCACCCAUCUGGGGUAAAUGGCCGACUCUUGCCUGCGAAAAAGUAAUGAAGAUAUGAGGAUGAAGCAACAUGACAUACUUUCCAUUCGUUUGUUUUUUGUACAUUGACUUUCUUUUAUUCUGUUUCAUAGUGUUUAUAGCUUUUACAGCAUCACUUUCCUAUAAAGAAAUAAUUCACAACCAAUACUAAGCAGAAU